UAUUGCAAUGUAUUAACUGAAAAUAGAGGAGCCCAGUACACUAAAGAGUGCGACCUUAGAGUUGAACCAGUUGUGUGCAUCUGAUCGUAACAAGUUGUGUGCAUCGUAGUAUUUUUCUUAUCUUUUAUCUUUUUUUAAUGUAAUUUUUAUUUACUCUCUAAGGUUAUGGCACCUAGUAAGCAAUGGAUGUAACUUGUUAAAAUCGGCUCGAUGAAACCUACUUAAUCGGAGUGCAAAAGUUUUUGGAUUAUGCUUUUCAGAAAAUAGGAGAAGAAUAUGAAAUACGAUGUUCAUGUGUCAAAUGUUGUAAUACAACUUUAGGAACUCAUAAGAUAGUUGAGACACAUUUGAAAGUAUAUGGAAUAAUUCAAAAUUAUACUUUUUGGUAUCAUCACGGGGAAAAUUUAGGUGAGCCACUAUCAGAAUCGGAAGAUGAAGACGGUGAUGAACUAGAAGAAUGUGCAAGUGAAGAUGAAGUACAAGAAUUGUUGAGAGAUCUAUAUCCUAAUAUUGAUGGAAGAACUAUGCACACUGAUUGUGAUGAUUUAAUUGAGGAGGAACCAAAUAUUGAAGCAAAAAGAUUUUAUAGGCUAUUGAAGGAUUUCGAGCAGCCACUGUACCAAAAUUCAAAAGCUUCAAAGCUUUCCUCUUUGAUUAAAUUGCUUCACAUCAAAGUAUGGGUCGUUGGAGUAAUGAGUCAUUUACAAUGUUAUUGAAAAUGUUAAAAGAGGAGUUGUUACCUGAUGGCGCCAAUUUGCCAAAAUCGUAUUAUGAGGCAAAGAAGAUAAUUCAAGACCUUGGCCUUUCCUACAAAAAGAAUGAUGCUUGUACUAAUGAUUGCAUGUUAUACUGGAAGGAGGAUAGCUUACUUGAUUCUUGCAAAGUUUGUGGUGCGUCUAGAUGGAAAAUAGAUAGACAUAGCGGGGAAACAAGGAAUAAAAAAGGUAAGAAGAUAGCAUCAAAGACUUUACGCUAUUUUCCAUUAAAGCCUAGGCUUCAGAGGUUGUUUAUGUCUACAAAGACAUCUACUUUAAUGACAUGGCAUAAAGAUAAAAGAGUUGAUGAUGGAAUAAUGAGGCACCCAGCUGAUUCAAUAGCGUGGAAGUCCAUUUGAUGAACUUCAUCCUUCAUUUGCGACAGAGCCUCGUAAUGUCUGACUUGGACUUGCUAGUGAUGGAUUUCAGCCAUUUCGGAAUUCAAAAACCUCAUAUAGCAUUUGGCCUGUGGUUCUUAUUCCUUAUAAUUUACCACCUUGGUUGUGUAUGAAACAAAAAAAAAAUUAUUUUGUCAAUGCUUAUUCCUGGUCCAGGUAAUCCAGGAGAUGCAAUUGAUAUAUAUCUUCAACGUUUAAUAGAAGAAUUGAAGGAGUUGUCGGAAGUUGGCAUUGAGACCUUUGAUGCAUCAUCUAUACAGAAUUUUAAGUUGCAUGCUUCUUUGUUAUGGACCAUCAAUGACUUUCCAGCCUAUGAAAAUUUAUCCGGAUGGAGUACAAAAGGAAAAUUGGCAUGCCCAUGUUGCAAUAAAGACACCUCCUCAAUUCGAUUGGCUAAUAGUAAGAAGCAAUGCUUUAUGGGUCAUCGACGCUACCUUCCUCUUAGCCACAAAUGGAGGAAUGACAAGGAUUCAUUUGAUGGUACAAAAGAGAAAAGGCUCCCACCAAAAAUAUGUUCUGGUAUUGAGAUACUUAAUCAAGUGCAAGAUCUUGAGGGAUACAGUUAACAAAGGAUCUAAAGAAAAGGAAGAAGAUAUCACAUGAAAAUCGAAAGGAUAAUUGGAACAAGAAAAGUUUUUUUUUUUAACUUCCAUAUUGGAAGUCUCUCUUGUUGCGACAUAAUUUGAAUGUUAUGCAUAUUGAAAAAAAUAUAUGUGAUAAUAUUAUGGGAACAAUCAUGAAUGUCAAAGGAAAGACUAAGGAUACAAUUAAAACUUGAUUAGACUUGCAAGACAUGAAUAUUAGGUCGGAAUUGCACCCCAUCCAAAGAGGGGAGAUAGUUGAAGUUUCAACUGCAUGCUACACAUUGCUUCCCGAAAGUAAGCACAAAUUAUGCCAAUUCCUAAAGAAUUUAAAGGUUCCAGGGUUUUCAUCUAAUAUUUCUCAAUGUGUGAACCUGAAAGAUCACAAGAUAUCUGGGUUGAAAAGUCAUGAUUGCCAUGUCCUUCUGCAACAUAUACUCCCCCUUGCACUUCGUGGUAUGUUGUCCAAAGAAGUGUGUGAACCGUUUAUUGAGUUAUCUUUAUUCUUUAAUGUGUUAGGAUCAAAGGAGUUAAGGAUUGAUGACUUGGAACAAAUUGAAGCGCAAAUUCCCAUAACACUUUCCAAGUUAGAAAAGGUCUUCCCCCUUCAUUUUUCGAUGUCAUGGUGAACUUGCCUAUCCAUUUAGCUAGUGAAGCUAAGAUUGCUGGACCUAUUCAUUAUCGAUGGAUGUAUCCUGUGGAACGAUGGUUAUAUUUUUUGAAAUCUCUUAUUGGUAAUAGGGCAUGUCCAGAAGGCUCUAUUGCAGAGGGCUACAUUGCAAAUGAAUGUAUGACCUUAUGUUCAUGGUAUCUGCAUACGAUUGACACAAAAUUCAAUCGACCUGAACGAAAUUAUGACGGGGGUUUGAAAAAAAUCUAAUGGAGGUUUAUCUAUGUUUUAUCAACCUGAAAGUACUUUGGGAGCUAAAGAACAAUGUGAGCUUGAAGCAAAUGAAUUGGAACAAGCACAUAUAUACAUACUGAAGAAUUGCGAUGAAGUCAUACCAUAUCUCGAAGAGUUUGCACAAACUCAUGUGGAUACUGCGCAACACUUGUCUGAUGCAAAAUGGAACCGACAAUUUAAUGAAUGGUUUAAAGUUAGGGUUGCACAAUUGCAUAAAGGAGAUGAUAGUCGGAUCAUGGAAGAUCUGCUCUCACUUUCAGGUUCAAUAUGAAACCAUCAAAGACCGAAAAUGAGGUGGAAUCAAAUAUGAAGAGUACAACUAGAUAUGCGUUCGUCCCGCCGGGUGCUAUAAGAAAGGGACAAGGACGAGGACGAGGUCUUAGAUCUUUGGUUGAGAAAGAGAAUAUGCCAACUAAGAGUUUAUUUCCUCAAUCUAGUGAUCUUGUUAAGCAAUACAUCCAAACAAUUGAAACAAGUGCUAUUGGGAAGGGACGAGGACAAGGGCUUAAAACUCUACCAUGUCUGCUAGUCAAGGAACGGGAACGAUACAUAAAAACUCCAUCGUUCUUGAGAAAGAGUAUAUGCAAAUUGAUAUUCCAUUGCCUCCAUCUACUGAUCAAGUUAAGCAAUACAACCAAAAAGUUGAAGCAAGUUCUAUAAGGAAGGGACGGGAGCAAACUCCUAGAUCUUUGUGCUCAUCUUUAGGGAUUUCUAAAAGCACAAGAUCGAAUUUUACCAUGUCUUGUAAUCAAGAAAUGCGAACAAUGGAUAAAAACUCCUUGGUUCUUGAGAAAGAGCAUAUGCAAAGCAAUAUUUCAUUGCCUCCAUCUACUGAUCAACUUAUGCAACACUCCCAAGCAACUGAAACAGCCGUAGGUUCUUCAUCUAAUCCUGGAAAGGUAAAAAAAGUUCGAGGGAGGAACAAGUGCAAAGAAGUAGCAUCACUUGAAGUCGGACAAAAGCUGAAAGUAACCUUUUACAAUAAUCGAACAGUUGGAACAAAUAGCAAACUGUUUUCGAGGCACUUGGGAAGAAUCGUUCGUGACCGUAAUAUGUGUCUGUUGGGAGUAUCAUCGUGGAAUGAUAUUAAGGAAGAAAAGAUGAAUUACAUGUGGCCAGCUAUUGAGGAUAAAUUUGAGAGUGUUGACAUGAAUGAUCAUCGUGAUCAUAUCUUCUUAUGGAUGAAAGAAUUAUGGAACAAAUGGAGAGGACACUUGCAUGCAAAAUACGUGAAGGAUAAGCCAAUCCAACAAGCUCUUAAGAAUAUUCCAAAGGGAGUAGACAAGAAAGAAUGGGAGUGGUUAGUAAAGGAACAUUUUUCUUCAAAAAGUUUUCAGGCGAGAAGCAACAGGAAUGCGGCAAAUCGAGCUAAGUUGAAGAUGCUUCAUCAUAUUAGUAACAAGCCUAUUCGUGAGAUCAAUUAUCAAAAGGGCGGAAAAGAUGGCAACCCACCGGAUUUGGCAACAAUUUUCUGAGACCCGUAAGAAAGAUAACAAGCUUGUUGAACCUGAAGCAAUUGAAAAACAUGCUCAAAUCGAAGAAAUAGUUCAAGCAGAUCCAUCUCUACCUAGCAUAGAGAUUGUAGAAAAAUGUUGUGGACCUCAAACUCGUAGCCAUGUGUUUGGCUUUGGGGGUGGAGUGAAGGCGAAAGACUUGAAAGGUAGAACUUCUUCAAAGGCUGAAUUACUGUCCGCGCUACGUUCAACUCGAGAAGAAAAUAAAUCUUUGAAUAAGGAAAACAAAUCCUUGAAUGAGCGCUUGUCUACCUUAGAAGAUGAGAUGAAAGAAAUGAGGAAAAUAAGAGAGUUCUUUGCUGCUCAACAAUCACAUGUCCCGCUUACAACAACAUCGCCUGUUUCAACUGAAUGACCUCUGUUUUUGUCUGCUGACCAACCUUGUUGAUGUUGUUGGAUAAUACCUGGUGAAUUUAGACUGCUUUUGGGGUUUUGAUGAUUGAAACUACAAAUCAAGAUGCAAGUUUAGAAGAUGCACAAGCUCAUUAUUAUUUUGCUAAAAAUGUUAUGCAAAACUUGAUAUCAUAGUCUAGCUCAUGAUGUUAGCUAAGUUUUUUUUGUUGAGAUGUUGAGAAAACAUAGAAAGUAACAUCAUCAUGGGAUUUGAACUUGAUAUAUUAUCUUUUUAUA